GCGCGGGGCCGGGCGAUGCGGGCGGGCGCGCGGCGGCGCGCGGCGCUGCUGCUGCUGUGGGCGCUCGCGGCCUGGGGAGCGCGGGCACAGCGGCCCGGCGGGAGCGCGGAAAACGGGACGCGCUGUGUCCUCUCGUCUUCAUCGGAGUUUCCUGAAGGAUUUUUCACGCCGCAGGAGAGGAAGGAUGGAGGAAUCGUUAUCUACUUCAUAAUUAUCCUGUACAUGUUCUUGGCCGUGUCCAUUGUGUGCGAUGAUUACUUCCUACCCUCCCUUGAGAUCAUCAGUGAAUGCCUUGGCCUCUCUCAGGAUGUUGCUGGAGCAACCUUUAUGGCUGCUGGAAGCUCUGCUCCAGAGCUUGUCACUGCUUUUCUAGGAGCUUUUGUGACAAAGGGAGAUAUUGGCGUCAGCACCAUCCUUGGAUCAGCAAUCUAUAAUCUUCUUGGUAUUUCUGCAGCUUGUGGACUGUUUUCCACUGUGGUUUCCAGGCUAUCCUGUUGGCCGCUGUUUAGAGACUGUCUGGUCUAUACAAUCAGUGCAGCAGCAGUCCUUGCGAUGAUCUCUGACAACAGAAUUUACUGGUAUGAAAGUGCAUCCUUAUUAUUGAUAUAUGGGUGUUAUAUUCUGAUACUGUGUUUUGACAUUAAAAUCAACCAAUACCUCAUGAAAAAGUUCAGUCCCUGCUGUACAUGUUUUACAAAAGCUAUGGAAGAGAAUGCAGAGCAGCAGCCACUGGUUGGAUGGAGGGAAGAGAGUGGACCUCUAAUCCGUCAGCAGUCAAGGACAGACAGUGGAAUUUUUCAGGAUGAGCUGGACUACUCUCACCUUUCAACAAGCUUACAUGGGCUUGAUGAAAUCUCUGGAGAUCAUCCAAAUGUCUUCACCAUGCCUGAAGCAGAUAUGAAGAGAAUUUUGUGGGUGUUAUCGCUUCCCAUUAUCACACUACUCUAUUUGACUAUACCAGAUUGCAGAAGACAGUUUUGGAGGAACUGGUUCAUGGUGACAUUUUUAAUUUCAGCAGCAUGGAUUUCUGCAAUAACUUAUGUUCUCGUAUGGAUGAUAACAAUAGCAGGUGAAACACUGGGAAUUCCAGAGUCAGUAAUGGGUCUCACAUUACUAGCAGCAGGAACAAGUGUACCAGAUACAGUUGCAAGCGUGCUGGUCGCUCGAAAAGGAAAUGGAGAUAUGGCUAUGUCUAACAUUGUAGGAUCCAACGUAUUUGAUAUGCUCUGUUUGGGAAUACCCUGGUUUAUAAAAACCGCCUUCAUAAAUACAUCAGGACCCAUAGAAGUGAACAGCAGUGGUCUGACAUACACAGCCAUUUCUCUUAUCUGUUCUGUUGUUUUUAUUUUUCUGGCAGUUCACCUGAAUGGCUGGAAAAUAGAUAAAAAAUUGGGAACCAUUUGUCUUGUACUGUACUUAGUAUUUACUGUACUAGCAAUUUUAUACGAACUUGGCAUCAUAGGAAACAAUCCUACAAGGGUCUGUGGUAACUAGUUUUAAUCAGUGAUUAUACUGAUGAAAAAAAUUAAAGCAGGAGGAAAAGAUCAGUUUCUUCACUUAGUCAAAAUAAAAUAAAAUAAAAAAAACAACUCCAAACUCCCACUGGGCUCUAAGUCUUAUAUACAGAACUAAAUCAUGUCAUCAAAGUAAUAUUAAGAACAAAAACAUCACAGCUUAACUGGAGCCCUUUCUUUUAGAGUCAGGAAUUACAGUAUGACUACAACACACAUAUAAAACCAAAAUCCUGAAAAAUAAAAAGACAUCUACUUUUUACAUUACAAUGUUGAUACACACUGGAGGGCAAAAAUAAAAACCAGAAAACACUAAAUAAAUCCCACUAUGCAGUCUUGAGAUUAACAGAGAAAAUGGCUUAUUUUAUUAAAAACAGUAUAACCAUUCAUUUAAACUGAAUGACUAGAGACACUUGGCCUAAUUUUCCAAAGGCACUGAGCAUCCAAACCUUCCAUGGUCAACAGGGACCUGCAGGUGCUCAGUGCCUCUAAAAAAACAACAAAAAUCAGGCAAAUUGUCUUUAAAAACCAAACAUAGUAAGAUUCAGUUAACAAGUAUCACAGUAUAUUAAACACUAUACUGUUAAAGGCUGGUGGGAUUUAAAAGUUCCUUUUUACAUCUUUUGUAAGCAUACAAUGUUACUAAAAAUGACUUGCUAAGAUAGAGAAGCUAAACAAGACAUAGGAAUGUUCCUGAACACAGAGUUUUAAAUUAUGCAUUGCGAUCCAAGCGGACAUCAAUUUCUCUGCCACUGAUUUUUAUGCCGUUCAUUAUCCUACAGGCCUUUUCAGCAGAUUCUGGUGAGUCAAAUCUGACUGUUCCACAGCCCUUUGAUUUUCCAUUCUCCAUUUUUAUUUCUGCAAACAUUACAUGACCUGAAUAAAUAAGUUAAACAGCAGUUAUUUCAAGUCCUCAGUGCACUAACAACUUAGAGAACUCAGAAGUGAUAAAAAAACAUUUCUAAGUAUAAUCUAGGGGAACAUACGAAAUUGGCCCUUCCAAACUGAUGGUACAUUCACUCAUUCAGGCAAGGGGACAUGGGACAAAACAGCAGUGAGGAAUCCAAAUUAUGAUCCACUAUUUCAAAUCUUCACACCAGCAUUAAGAUGAAGUAUAACUGUGCCUGUAUUUGACCUCAAGUUUGAAACAAAGUCCCUGUAAGACUCAGAGAAAGGUCUGUGUUUCAUUUACAGACACUGACAGAAGGGUGAGUACUGACAGGCAUUAACUGAACUGCAGAGUAGCCCAGUCCACUGUGUUCAUCACAAAAACAUAUCAAGCAAUAGCAACAAUCAAACAGUUUUGUUAAGAAGCUGCAGAGCAAAAUUAAUGUCUUUAAAAUGAUGCAGUUACCAGGUUAGGAGUGGUGGAUAAGUAACAUGGACUAUUCAAUUCUCGCCAAGUUUUCUUGAGGUUGGACACCCAACUCACGAGGCAUUAUUUUCAUGAAGAUGUCUUGAUACCUCUAAGAGUGUUCAGUUCCCUGGAGCUAAUGAGGUUCUGCUUAUGGUGUGUUAUAGCACAUCACUCCUGAGCCCCAGAAUGCCACUAGGAACAAAAAACUUUUCCCUAAAAUAUAUGACUUUAUUUUUAAGUAUCAUAUAAGACUGGCCUUUCACUGAAAGAAACUGAACACGGGGAGACAGACUUUGUAUUUCCUUAUGACACUGACACGAAUACAAUCUGUUGCUUAUAAUUCUUAAAAGCAACUGAACAUAAUUACUACAUCUGUUAGCUGAAAAAGAGAUGAUUAAAAAACCCAAAUUCUGAACAAUCUGAAAGUUGCCAGGCACUUAAGACUUAAAAAAAGAAAGAACUUGUUGCACUAUAUCCUCCAGCUACAAAAAUAACAUCAACACCUUAUAAUUUUUCAUAGUUGAACUGUGAGUUCCAUUAAUAUCAAAUCUGCAAACAGCUGUAUAACUGUCUUAGACAUCAGCAGUGUUUUAGAUUAUUUGUCUUUUCUGUCUCUCCAAAAUAAAAGUCAUCCUGUAAUUCAGUUAAAGCUUUCUGUUCUGAAGGUGUGUUUUCAAAACACAUCAUGUAUUUUUAUACCCAAGCUUUAUUUUUUGUUUACUUCUGUGAAAAGACGAACUUUUCU